AUGCCUGAGCGCUGUAGCCGCUGGUCGCCGUCCGGGCUACCUCUGACGCCCGCUAGCAACAGUUUUUAUGAAUUUGACUUUAGUAAAGAUGCAGAAUUUCAUUUUCACGCGACAUCACAUGGAAAAGGGCCAUGUGAUGGUCUCGGUGGCAAUUUGAAACGUCUAGCAACACGAGCUAGUUUACAAUCGAAGAUAAACACACGUUUGUCGUGGUCUGGCCAUUUGUGUGCAUGGUGUUUAUUUAUUUAUUUAUCGUUGUUCUUAGGUUGGGACGCCAGCGAAGGCGAGAAGGCACCGUUUCUACGCAAUGAGCCAGUAAAAUUGACGCCGGCGUGGGAAGGCUCUAACCUGCCCAAUGACACGCUCAACUUAAAAGGUAUUGCUAUGGAUUUAGCGCCACCGAAGGAUAAAUGGAACUUGAUAUACUUUACACUAAUGAUGCACGGUCUCGGGACGUUGACAGCAUGGAACAUGUUUAUCACUGCUAAAGAUUACUUCGUUAUGUACAAACUGGUUAAUGCACCUCAGGUAUCAGGCGAUUUUAUGACGUACGUUGGAUGGGCUUGCCAAAUGCCCAAUCUUCUGUUUAGCUGGUUCAAUAUAUUUGUUAAAAUCGGGGGCAACCUGACUACUAGAAUAGUAUGGUCUUUAUGUAUAGAAGUUCUUAUAUUCGUGGUGACUGUCAUCCUAGCCAUGCUCGAUAGUUCGGAAUGGUCCAUGGUUUUCUUCUGGCUGACUAUGAUAAGCGUUUUCUUAUUAAAUGGUUUCAACGCUAUAUUCCAGAACUCAGUAUACGGCGUGGCAGCACGCUUGCCACCCCAAUAUACUGGGGCAGUGGUCCUAGGUUCAAAUAUAUGUGGUACCCUCGUUGUUUUCAUCAAUUGGGCGUCUGAUGUGUUCACGAAUAGCUACAGGACAUCGGCUAUAUAUUAUUUCAUCACUGGCAUGUUUGUUUUGCUCAUAUGUUUUGAUACGUACUUCGCUUUGCCGUUGAAUAGAUUCUACCGUUAUCACGAAACAUUACAAGAGAGGACUCUACGUGUAAACCCAGCAUUGGCUGCAACGAAUCAAAAUGCUCCUUCAACUAAACGUAUUCCCUAUGGACUAAUCUUUAAACAGUCAUUUGUACAAUUGUACAAUAUAUUUAUUGUAUUCUUUGUAUCAUUGGCUGUUUUCCCUGCUCUACAUUCAGACAUUCAGCCGAUACAGCAUGGAUUUCUGGGGGGAAACUUUGUAAGAAUUACAUGUUUCUUGACGUUUAAUUUCAUGGCCAUGAUCGGCAAUGUUACAGCUAGUUUGUGGCAAUUUCCAAAUCAUCGCUGGUUGGCACUAUUCACAAGUGCACGUCUACUUUUCAUACCAUUGUUCCUGCUAUGUAACUAUCACCCACAAGGCCGAGUUAGGACACUGCCUGUAUUAGUUGAUAACGAUUGGGUUUAUUGGGCUCUGUCUGUUUUACUCGGAUGGAGCUCGGGACAUGGCAGUUCACUUGGCAUGAUGUAUGUCAGCAGUACUGUGGCCCCAGAACACGCCCAAACCGCUGGUAUGAUAGGAGGAGCAACGUUAGUGACAGGCAUUUUCGCUGGUAUAACAUUCUCCAAAUUAAGCCCAUUGAUUGCGUCGCUUGACGUCUGGUCAAGUAUAUAGCGACUACUUGCAUACGUUGGAACGUUCUGGAACGUUCUUGUGCGUGUUGGGAAGUGACGUAUUGCGCUGUAACGUGUUUAUUGUGGUGUUAAAGUGACGAGUUGUGAUAAGUGAUACCCCGCCUUUGCCACGCCUUAGUGACAUGUCACUACAAUUAAGUAUAAAUGUUCCUUUAUCGAAGUGUCUGAUACAUUGUAUGAGAGGCAUUUUUUAUUAUUGACGAUGAGUAAUCUGUAACAAUGAUUAGAUUCAUUUAAUUUUUUUAUAUGAUACAAGAUUAUACAUUAUACAGUUCGAGAUUGACUAUGAUGAUUAUGAAUUGCAUUCACUUACUAACAUUACUAAACUAUUUCACGUCUUAUUAUAUAUUGAAUGGAAAUUAAUAGAAAUCAAUAAUCUAAUAUCUGUUACUGCAAGGAAAAUCAUAAAAAAAAGGAAUUGAAAUUACUCGAAUAUAAUCAUAUAAAUGAUAAUGUAUUGGAAAUAUGAAUAAAACUAUUUAAUAUUA